UUUAUGGUUCACGUGUUCCUUUGAUCCGGUUUCCGGUUUGUAGUGUUUACAAGGUUUACACCCAGUGUUUAUUGUGUUGUGCUCUGGAAAAAUUAUUAUUAAGAAAUCAUGGAUUUAAAAAAAGAAAGCGGAUCUUUUUCAACGGCACCGGGAUUUUGUCCGGAUUGCGGAACAAUUUUACCAUUGUGCACUGAAAUUGGUCGAGUCACUUGUUAUGCUUGCGAAAGGAAAUGGGAUCCUGAAGAAGUUUUCGGCAAAAUGGAUAUUUCUUAUCAAGUUAAAUUUAGGGACAGAAGUACAUUAAAUGCAAAACGUGGCGAUGAGGAAGAAGAUGACGAACCUGAAGGACCAAUCGUUGAACGACAAUGUCCUCAGUGCAAAAAUAAUAAAAUGUCCUAUGCCACUUUACAAAUGCGCUCAGCUGAUGAAGGACAAACGGUAUUUUACACCUGUACAAAGUGCAAGUUCAAGGAAACUGAAAAUUCGUAAAAGACUUGGGAUUUACCUGGACAAUUUUCUUCUUUAUAUUACGAGAUAAGGAACACGAGAAGUAGAAAAUAAAAGAUAUUUUUUUUAUUAUUAAAA